AUGGCGUGGUGGAAAGUAGCGCAAGACGCAUACUGCGAGCCCCACCGCGCCUACCAUGCGCUUGAGCACAUUGCCUCCAUGUACGACGUGUUCCAACUGCACCAUGAGACGUUGGCCUUGUCGUCAUUAGAAAGUUUGUUUGUGCUGGCUAUCGUGUUUCAUGAUGUUGUGUAUGACCCGCUAAACAAGUCCAACGAAGCGGACAGCAUUGCAUCCUUUCGCUUGUUCAUUGAUGAUGUCCAUCCUUCUCUCGGCCCUGCAGACAUUUGUUUGGUGGAGUCCAUGAUUGAAGCCACGAUUCGCCAUCAACUACCUUCAUCGUGCCACUCCGACGAGACCCGGCGCAUCGUCGGGUGCUUUCUUGACCUGGACUUGGCCAUAUUGAGUCGAUCGACAGUCCUAUACGACGAGGUCGUGCGGCUGUCCUUCGAUCGUUCCUUGAUCGAGAUCAACUCUACUUCACACCACGUUUCCAAAACGAAUGGACCGCGGCCGGCCGUGCCAACUUAG